UAUUACUGUUGCCUUUUCGUUUAUGAUUCAUCACAUGCCAGAAACCCUAGCUGCAAAAUUCGCAGAGGAAGAUCAAAGAUGGGAGGGAAGUGUCCCCAUAGAAGCGUGAAGAAGCGCCGCUACUCUCACAAAACAGCUCGCCGCACUAAAUUCCUCCUCAAAGGAGAUGACGCAGUUUACCAGGAGCUUAACAAGCCGGACGCGGACGCCCAGACCAAAAACAUGCCUGUAGAUGAAGACCUCCCAGGCAUGGGCCAGUACUACUGUCUUCACUGCGAUCGAUAUUUUGCGAAUGUUACGGUGAGGGAUGAGCAUUUCAAGACUAAAAAACACAGGAGGCGUGUGAAGCUGAUGAUGGGGCCUGCACCCCACACACAACUCGAUGCUGACUUAGCUGCUGGAAUGGGCAUGCCAGAUAACGGCCCGAAGCUCAUGUUAAUGGGUUGAGCUUUGCCUUUUUGUUUGUUCGAUGUGAGCUCUGAGCUGUGACAAUGGAGACUUCGUUUUAAGAAUCUUUCAAUAUAUUUAUGUUUUUAUUACAGUAUGAUACUAGUUAAUCAACAUUCUCACUGUCAAUAUAGCUAGCUUCAAAUUGUGUUGUCUCUUUUUGUUUACCUUAGUUCAUUUGUAUCAAGAACAAAAAUGUAUGAAUUACAAGGAACCAUGCCAUAUGUAUUGAUCGGGAAUUCUUCAUUACCUUGUUAA